GGAGGGAAGAGAGGAGAGGGUGUCCCGUCUGCACGGAGCACAGACAGACAGCAGGGAACAGCUGCAGCAUUAGGUUCGAGUAGGAUUUCACUGCAUUGCGAUUUAAAAUAUCAAUCAUUUCAUCCCCAAAAACUCAAGUAGAGCAGCUUGACUAAGCAACCAAAUAUCAUUUAAAAAAUGGUUGAUCGCGAGCAGCUGGUCCAGAAAGCCAGGCUGGCUGAACAGGCUGAGAGAUAUGAUGAUAUGGCAGCAGCUAUGAAAUCGGUAACAGAGCUGAACGAGGCCCUGUCCAACGAGGAGAGGAACCUCUUGUCUGUGGCCUACAAGAACGUGGUUGGGGCCCGUCGCUCCUCCUGGAGGGUGAUCUCCAGCAUCGAGCAGAAGACCUCGGCCGACGGCAAUGAGAAGAAGAUUGAGAUGGUGAGGGCCUACAGGGAGAAGAUCGAGAAGGAGCUGGAGGCCGUGUGCCAGGACGUGCUCAACCUUCUGGACAACUUCUUGAUCAAGAACUGCAGCGAGACGCAGCACGAGAGCAAGGUGUUCUACCUGAAGAUGAAGGGCGACUACUACCGGUACCUGGCCGAGGUGGCCACGGGGGAGAAGAGGGCCACCGUGGUGGAGUCGUCGGAGAAGGCCUACAACGAGGCCCACGAGAUCAGCAAGGAGCACAUGCAGCCCACCCACCCCAUCCGCCUGGGCUUAGCUCUCAACUACUCAGUGUUUUACUACGAGAUCCAGAACGCCCCGGAGCAGGCCUGUCACCUGGCCAAGACCGCCUUCGACGACGCCAUCGCUGAGCUCGACACCCUCAACGAGGACUCCUACAAAGACUCCACUCUCAUCAUGCAGCUGCUCCGAGACAACUUGACACUGUGGACAAGUGACCAGCAGGAUGACGAGGGAGGGGAGGGCAACAAUUAAAGAGAAACCACACUUUGAAAAUAAAUAUAUAUGAAGGGCCGGUGGACUUUGGCAGCCGCUUUUGCCGAUGAUACUACCGCAGCAGCAGUUCUUUAUUUUUCCAUGUGUUAAAAGAAAAGAAUCAAAAAAGAGGUGAGAGUGGAGGUUAAAUCUUAGUUUAAAUAUAUAUAGAAAUAUAUAUACAGUUGAAAGGGGCCUCCGUCUUUUUGAUUUUCUCUUUGACAUUUGCCAAAACCACUGAUAUGUCAGUCAAUCAGCCUGAAGUGGUUGUUGUUGGAUUGAAAUGGCAGCCUCACACUGGCAUAGGAACUGAUCUUGUUCUGUCGAGACAAGCUGCUUAGUUAGGUUUUUGCGUGAUAGAGAUGAAUCACUUGAGAGAGAAAAUGCUUGAAUGGGAAUGCCUCACAAAACUAGUUUGCAUUGGUUCCAGUAGUAAGUCUAUAUAUGAGAAAAAAGGGCCCUGAAAGAUGUUAAAUUCACACAAACAACGAGAAAAAGAGAACGUUUUAAAGCAAUUAAAUUCCCCCCAAAUUUGAAAGGAUAAAUUAGACGGGAGUGAAAAUCAGGAUUUGAUAGUAAAAAUUGAUUCCCUUACUUAAAGAGCAGAUUAGUCUGGUAUGUCACUGGAACCAUAGAUUAUUUUGGAGGUGAAGAUUACUAAAGGCAGAGACUUAACAAUAUAAAAAAAAUAAAGAAAAUAAAAAACACGAACAAUUAAAAGCAGCUUCAGAGUUUGUGGUUUACUUCUGUGUUUGUUUUAUUAAAUGCACUUGCCUACUAUACUGUUUCUUCAGUGUAACAUGAUGACAACAAUAAUAUCGAUUAUUCAAUAGUGUGCAUGCUGGUGAUGUAUUUAUAUACAGUAGCUUGACUUUAUUAACUUAUACUGUGGGUGUUAAGUAUUAGGCUUUGUCUGAUGUUGAUUUCUAAUUUAUUUUGUUUUGUUAUGGUUUUUUGAUUUGCUAUACCAAAAUGGUGAUCGUAAAAAUUGACCUGUAAUGGGCGUUGCUAUAGUGACAUGCAAUAUGUGUAUUUGAUUUGUUACUGAAAGAAAAAAAAAUAAUAGGAAGAUAAAAACUCACCAGUGAUCACUUAAUCUUAGCAGCUGGUGUUUGUCACAUUGAAGUAUGAUUAUGAUAUAUUUUGUUCUCAGUAUUUAAGUAUUUCUUUCUGUCAUCCAGUUUAAAUAAUGGUGAAGUUUUCAGGCUCAAUGUUUCCGUUAUGAAUUCACAAACAUGGACCAUAUUUUAGUUCUGACAGUAUACAUUUUUGUUUGUUUGUUUGUUUUUAUACCUUUUAGCUGUUCCUGAGUGACAAAAUAUCUUGAAUGUGAGUCAUUAUGUAGCAGUUGCACAAGAACCGAAAUAAAAGCUAUGACAAUAAAAAAGAAUAUGACUAAAUUAUACAUGCACCAUAUCCGUGGUGGUCGAGUGUAUUGUUGAAUUGUCACCCUUGAGAUCAUUUUGUUUUAAAGGGAAAACCGUGUCAUAGAAAAGAAACGUUUUAAUGCCCUGAGUACAGUAUGUGCUGUCUUUGUGUGCCUGUAUCAUUAUUUAAUAUGCCUCAUUUGCAAGUUCAGAAGGAAAAAAAAGAUUUAUCUGCCAGUAUUUUAAGUUCCUUCAAGCAUGUGUGCCAAGAUGUAAUAUUUUCCUCACUUGUGUCUGACUGUACUGCUCUCUGUACAGCACAUACAUAUGAAUAUUCAACACCAAUGCACAAAUACAGUCACAGGGAAAGCAUAGGCAAUUCAAUAGAAUUGGUUAUUGGUUAGCAAAUGUGAUAAUUAAGGUUUUCAGAAGAAACUUUAGACGCCAGGAAGCUGCUCAAGAGCACAGAAAGCUGCUGAACAGAUUUAUCUUCAUAAUGCUGCUACUUCUAUAGAUAAUUACAUUAAUAUAUUCAAACAGAUUUCAGUUUUCGGGGCUUUAUUUUUCCUAAUAGAUGACAGUUUUUUGGGACUUUAUUUUUUAUCUCAGAUGUGAUGGCUUAAGAGAGAAGCAAAAAGCCUUAAGGUCAGUCACACAACCUCAUUCAUGUAUGCCAAUUAUGUCACCAUCAAGAGCCUUUAUGAGCUCACACUGUAUGUCACAGCUGCUUUGAUUUAUUUGAAGUAAUAUAAAGUUGAUGGUCUUCAAGGCUCCCCAGAGAAAUAGCAUGAAAUCCUGACGCCAAUCCGCACAACUGCUCACGCAGUUUAUGAAUAUUAGAAGGGAGUCAAAUCCUUAAUUAAACAUUUCAAGAAAGAUGGAAAAAUAUUUUUGAAAAACCAUGUCAAGAACACAUGCAUUGUGUUCGUUUAAAUUAAUUUUUUUGGUUUUUGGUUUUAUUUUUAAGUUUUCGUAAUUUUUGAUGUUGAUCCUUGUUUCUGCUGUGACAUGAAAACAUACAAAUACACAAAAGGAGGAGAAAAUAAUUUGAUUUGAAUCACAAGUUAGAUUAAAGAAGAGCUGACCUGCAGGAAACUAGCAAAGGGGAAGAGGGGGGGGCAAUAGCGAUACAAACUGUAUGCUCUGAGAAAUCUUUGGUUGCCAUCUGUUGUCCAUUAAAGUUAUUUGUUUAUCGGUA